AUGUCGGAGGAAGAGGGCUCGAGCGGUGUCAAUGUUCCAUACGGACAUCACCAGCAGCAGGCCUUGCCCUUUUACCCUCAGCAACCUAAUUCCCAUCAUUCCCACCAUCCUCGGACGGAUUACUCGGAUUCGUUUCAAGACUGGGAGGAAGUACAUGGCGAGGAACUGGGGCCGUCUGAUUCUGCGUCGCGGCCACGAACAGCAAACCGACAGCCCGAACCUCGUCCACGCCACGAGCCGCGCCGCUCACGACAGCAUAGUCCUCCCCGCCACCUGGGAACAGCUCCCCCACCGGCCCACCACUCCUCACACAAUAGGCAUCACCCACGGCAGCCCGCUCCUUCCGCCCCGCAAACACAUUCCGACAGCGAUUCUGAAGAUCUUCAUUAUGCUCGGCAGCCUCAGUCCUCCGGCCCUUCAUCUCCUUGGGGGUCCGGACCGGGUGCUUCGCCAACUUAUCCACCUGCAUCAGGACCAUAUCACGGCUACGGUCGUGAACAGCCCCCACCGGCACAGCCAAGAGGUUAUCAGAACCCGCUUGCCUUGGUUCCUGCUACCCCGCCCGCACACCCGGGUCACCUCCCCGGCCCUAAUCCCUUAGCAGGUGGGCCGAACCCCCUUGCCUUUGAUCACAACGGUUAUCCUGCGCACCACCAGGACCCGUAUUCACGCCAUCCCACGCAACCACACCAUCCGGGCCACUACCCGGGCCAUUCUCCACCACAUCCAGCAUAUCCUGGUCAACCUCAACACUCUCCAUAUCCACCGGGUCACGGCGGUCACAGCAGUCGCCGAUCUGAUCCAAUGUCGUCGUAUAAUCAGUAUGGACAGCCUCAUGGUGCCGGAUACCAUGCCCCCCACCACCCACACGGUCGCCCAGGUCACCCGGGCCAUCCUGCGCAUUCACAUCUAACCCACGGCCAACCUCCAAUGUCGAAUGCUUUGACUCGUCAUCAGCCAGAUCCCUAUGGAUACUACUCUAAUAGCCCUUAUAAUCCUUAUGGCCCAAAUCCGUAUGGAGGUGGAUACUUUACUUCCAGCUCUCAUCCCCAUCAUUCCAUGAACCAGAUGGCAACAAUGAAUUCAAUGAUGGUGAUGGGGCCGCAAGGAUACCCGAUUCCGUACCCUAUGCCCACUCAACCCUCCCCGAGUCCUCCCCCUCCCGCUGAUGAUAAGCCGCCGGAGAAGACUGAGGAGGAGAAGCGUGAGGAGGAGAGAUGGGCCACAUUGCAAGCGGAGAGGAAGCUCAGGCAGGAGAUGAUGGAGGAAGAGCGCAGGUGGCAUCAGGAGAAGUUGGAUCGCGAGAGAAAGGCAGAUGAGGAAGCGAGAGCCCGCGUGGAGGCCGAGGCCGCCGCUGAAGCAGCUGCAAAGGCCGAAGCAGCCGCCAAGAAGGCUGCCGACGAGGCUGCUAGAGCUGAGGCGGAAGCUAAGGCUAAGGCUGAGGCCGAAGCAGCCGCAAAGCUAGCUGCUGAGAUUGCCGCUGCCGCUGAAAAAGCGCGUGAGGAAGCUACUAGGGAGGCCGAGGAGAAGGCUAAAACUGCCAUUGCUGCUGAGAGGGCUAAAGCUGAGGCGGAUGCUAAGGCCAAGGCUAAGAUCAAGCCGAAGCCUGUCAAGUUCAGAGACGCUGUCGGCCGAAAAUUUUCGUUUCCGUUCGAGCUCUGCAGGAAAUGGAGUGUACGUUUGCCCCUCGUACUACCCGAUGUUAUUGUACUAACUCUCUACAGGGCAUGGAAGAACUUAUCAAACAAGCAUUCUUGCACGUCGAAGUCAUUGGCCAACACGUUAUCGACGGCCACUACGAUCUCCACGGUCCCGACGGCGAGAUCAUCCUACCGCAGGUUUGGGAGUCGGUAAUUGAGCCUGAUUGGAGCAUUACAAUGCACAUGUGGCCUAUGCCCGAACCGGAGCCGGAACCACCAGCGCCUCCCCCACCGCCACCUGCACCGGUCGAGCCAGAGCCGGCACCAGUUCCUGAGCCUACCGCACCAGUAGCGCCGGCUCCACCACCGCCACCACCGCCUCCGCCAGUCGAGCGCGAGCCAACCCCCCCGCCAGCCCCCCCGCCGGCUCCCCCGCCAGCGCCUGCGCCCACAUCCGCGCAUCCACCACCACCACCUCCAGUUGUUGUUGUUGCCGAGCCAGCUCCUGAGUUUAGAGAAGCUAUGCCAGAGCCGGUGUACCAUCCCCCGCCUCCACUGCAUCAUGUGCUCGCUGUCGCACCGGAACCUCCACGCCCGAAGCCUGUCCCAAGUAUUCCGCCGUUGCUGAUGUGGACUGCUGGGCGUUACGGGUCUAAGAAGGGGCGUCGUUAG